GCCCCAGCCCGCUCUUCCAGGUGGACUGAGCAUAAGGAGUAAGCACUUUUUAGAGAGCAGCAUUCUGUCUAUUAAUCCGUGGUUGAUGAAUCAUUUCAGGGGACUUUGGGGCCCCGAUGCGCGAGUGUCCAAACUUAUCGGUGGUUGAAAGAGGACGCAUGAGAGCUGGAUACGUAUUUCAUGCUGGUAAGUGUCCUCCUCGCUACCAACGCACACCAUAAAGCAUGUUGUCCCGCCAGUUGACUCGUCCUUUUUCCACGGACCGUGGAAGCUAGGGUACGAUUCUUGCCCAGGCCAGCAGAUUUCCCGCAUAGAGUUGUCCAAGAUCACGGCAACUCUGGUAAGGGAUAUGAAUGUUGGUCGACUGGAUAAGAAUCAAGACUGGGAAUGACCUCAAAAGGCAUGACUUCAGUCGUCCGCAGUCUUGGUCGUGUUACAUCGACAGACAGACGGGCAAGGAAUUUUCAUAAGAUCUUGUCACUACGGAGAAACCCCGCAGUGAUGGAAAAGGACUAUCAUUAACGUUAUGUUUGUCUGUCUGUCUGAUAGGUAACAGUUGGCAAAGCCACAAUAUCUCUACGCAGAAUCUACCCCCUUGUUCUUGCGCUUCUGCAACGCGCUGCGCACCUUUGGGAGAACAUAGCGUCCAUAGUCAAUGGCAUCGUUCAAGUUGUCAUAGCCACGGAUGGAAAUGAGCUCGGCUCCGAGAUCAAUGUAGUCAAGGAUCGAAUCAGAAAUAGUCUGAGGGGAUCCCACAAGAGCGGUCGAUGCGCCGCGAGCGUUGGUAGCAGUGACGGUGGGAUACCAGAGCGCACGGUCAUGAACAUCUCCACGUGAAGCAAUCUCUAGCAACCGUUGAGAGCCCACGUUCUGCGGUGUGGGGUCUCGAACUUGCGCUUUGCUGUCGGACGCCUGGCUUCCUCCUCCCGAAACACGGGCCUGAUUCGCCUUCAAAACAUCCAGUGUGUGAUAUGCCUUUUGCCAAGCCAGUUCAUCUGUCUCAGCAAUGAUGGGCCGGAAGGUGACCCAAAUGCGAGGACGGUCUGAAUUGGGGCGGCCGGCUCGAGCAGCUGCUUGGUAAAUGCGGUCAAUUUGCUCCUUGGUCUCUUUCAGAGGCUCGCCCCAGAGGCCAAAGAUGUCGGCCAAGGCGCCUCCAAUCCGGUAUGCCUCCUCCGAUGAGCCACCGACUGAUAUUGGGAUGCCGGUACCAUUGACGGGACGAACGCGGUUGGAAAACUGUUUGAACUGAUAGAACGUGCCAUUCCAGUCAAAGAGUUCUGCGGACUGCCAGGCGCGACGCAGGAUGCGGAUGUACUCCUCGAGUCGGGCAUAGCGCUGGUCUUUAGGUAGGAAGUCGCCCUCCUUGGCUUGCUCAGCAUCGCUUCCGCCGGCGAUUAAGUGUACAACGGCUCGACCUGAACUAAUCUGGUCAAGCGUGGCUAGUGCUUUCGCAGCGACGGUUGGAUAAAGCGUGUUUGGACGCAGUGCGAUGAUGAUCUUGAGGUUCUUGGUGGCGGCGGCAAUAGUGGCGCCUAUGGUAAAAGGGUCAUAGGAGGAAGAAUCAUAGGGUACAAGAGUGUAGUUGAAGUCGUAGUCAUCGAGCGUCCGGGCAUAGCGGACCAGGUAAGCAGGAUCAAUGCCGGCACCCGGGAUCGGAUUGAUCUCCGUGGAAGCAUUGGGAAAUGUCAAGCUGAUGAACUCGGUAGGCAUCUUGGGUGAGCACGACAGCCCUGAGACUGGCUUUCGACUGGUUUCUGGCUAGUUGUUUGCAAGAUUCUGGCAUCUUAAUUCGCUCGGACAGAAGGGAGAGCGGCGUGGCAAUAUAAUCGAAGAGGUGACGAGCGUUGUUCUGGUGAAGAACUCGACAUCACGUUGGUCUAUUAAAGACACGAGCUGAGGCAGAUCGGAUGCCUCAUCAAGAGGGGAGAGGCCAUGACGACAGCUGCUUGCGAAUCACGCAAUGAGCGAUGGUAGUGUUCUUGAUAUGUAAGCAAAGCCAUGAACCGUCACACUCCGACUCUCAAAUCGAAGGCAUGGGCACGGUGAGGUGAGUGACCCCCAUUUUACUCCAAACCCCGGGGCAUAUCAGAUAAGAGGAUGGCGAUGGCAUCAUUUGGAAGGAUGAUGGCCAAUCCUGGGGAGGGACGUGAACAGCGAGAUGAGUGCGAGAUCUGUGAUAUGACCGAUAGUCACGGGUCCGAAACAGACCCACAUGACAAUGGGAUCAAACACGCUAGGGAAAGUACAGUGGCUGAAUUUGAUGCCAGGUUGAAGCCAUCGCCAGACGCAGAUUUGGUGAGCGAAUCGCAGAUGCACGGCGUUGAGGUGGUAAAAACCGACGAGAACCGAAGUACCAUGUCGAUGGUCGCCUAGUUUUUCACGAGUUGGCCAUGGGUACAAGGGACAGGGGCAACAUCCAGCAACAACGCAACGUGCAAAAGCAACUGAGGCGAGCUGAGCCAAAACCUGGGGAAGGAACCAUGUCGAGAGCCUCAGAGUCGGAAUCAACCGGUAUCGUAUCCUGCAACAAAUGGACUUCUGACGAAGCAUAACCCAUUUCCAAUUCAGCUGAGCCCGAGCAGGUGCUUCUCGAAGCAGGCACGGCAGGCUUCGCAUCGGCUGAGAUCUGGUCAGAAUCGGUUGAGCUUGGCGAUCGGAAUUGGCCGCGAGGACACCAAAAACACCACCCAUAGCCUCCAUCGAACCAUUCACAGCCAUUCGCAGCCAUUCGCAGUCUCGCUGGGCCACCACCGUCACCCCAUAUCGUCGCCUUCAAGAGACCACAUCACGCCAACAACCGCAACACCGAACCAAAACUCCAGCAAGACAACGCGAACCGCACACGUCCGAUUGCGUGCAAUACCGCCCGUUAUAUCCAAAUUAAAUAUCCCCUUCCCCCGAUUAAAUCGGUCCUACUCGGCCUCUGCUUCACCAGACCUCGACUGAUUGUUAGACCAUUAUCCUUACCUAAGGCGGGCCUUUGGAACUCGACGUCAGCUAGUUGCGCUGCACAUCAAAACACACAGAUGACUGCCUACCGCCCAAAUCCCUUCAGGCCCACUAUGCCCCUGCGUGUGUCUUCGCAGCCACAGACACUUCUCAAGACGCCUGCCAUAAGAUCGGCACUAUUGCCAAGGGUUGUACCCGGCCUGGUUGUCUUUGGUGCAGUCUACACCGUCGUCUCAUAUGUCCGUUCUCAGUUGCGGAAUGAGUCCAACACGCUGAACCGGGUCUUCUCUCAACAAAACACCCCAAGCGUCAUAGAGAAAAGGAAAGAGCGGUACCUGAUCGAGACCGAGGGUGAUCCCCGCAAGACGAUAUACAAUGUGUUGAACUGGUAGAGCCACGGAUUCAAGUACCUUGGGUAGGCGGCGUUUGGGUGACGAGAACAACGGGCACUGUUUUUCUUCGAUGCUUGCAUAGGUGACAGCGGCAUUAUUAGUUUUUUAUACCAAGGGAGGAGUGGGAUUUUGAUCAGUGUUGCAGCUUGGGGUUUGUCCGGGCAGGCGGUAUAGCGGUAGCAGGAAUUUAGUUUUGGUGGCCAUAAAGGCAUAGUUAUACAGUUGCUUUUUGUAUCCGUACCGAGGCCAAUGCUUCGUUUCAACAUGCAGUUACGCAGUAGUCCGUGCACCCGACCGCGAACAGCUGUCUAAUGGUCGCACCUACGUGCUCACACGUACUUGGAGGUUAGCGGUGGAGUCUUUUACUAACCCUCUCUCAUAAAAGAGGGGGAAAAUUUUCUGAAGGACGAC